AUCGCACUCUGGUGUGCACACUCUGCAGAGCCUCUGCCUUUAUAUCUGUAUGCUGGAGAAGACGCGGAUAAUCCAAGCAUCUAUUUUUAUGCGAAGAAUACAUAAAGAGGUCAUGCUUGUCUAACUGACGUCAGUCAGAUAUCACUCAGUCACCAGUCGUCCGUUAGUUUUUCAUUGGUGGUCACCAUGACAUCAUUAAAUACCGGAGAGGAAUACCGGGAGACCUCAGAGGUUUUGAUUUAGCGAUGAGGAUUUCCUAUCGGAUGCGGCAAACCGGCAUCAUUGUUCUGCAGAUAUUGUAACUGAGAAUUUGGUGGUUCUGGAAGGACUCUUUCUGUAAAUCAAAGCAAUGGGGAAGGACUACUAUAAGAUCCUUGGCAUACCUUCAGGCUCUAAUGAGGAUGAAAUCAAAAAGGCCUACAGGAGGAUGGCCCUAAAGUUCCAUCCAGACAAAAACAAGGAUCCCAAUGCUGAAGAGAAGUUUAAAGAGAUAGCAGAGGCUUAUGAGGUACUGAGUGACCCAAAGAAGAGAGUCAUCUAUGACCAAUACGGCGAGGAUGGUUUGAAAACAGGUGGCACAGGCUCAUCUAGUGGACAAGGGACUACCUAUCACUACACCUUCCAUGGGGAUCCACAUGCCACCUUUGCGUCUUUCUUUGGAGGCUCCAACCCCUUCGAUAUUUUCUUUGGCUCUGGACGCCAGCGGGGAACCACUAAUGGCACUAACGACCAUAGUGGCGAUCAUGACAUGGACAUUGACAUGGAUGGAGAUGAUGAUCCUUUCAGUUCCUUCAGCCACUUUGGCUUCAACGGAAUCAAUGGUUUUCAUCACGGUGGAGGUCGAAGACAUCGUAACGAGCCCCUUCAUGGUGGCCGAAGGAAAGUACAGGACCCUCCGGUGGUACAUGAGCUUAAAGUGUCUCUAGAGGAGAUCUUCCAUGGAUGUACCAAGCGGAUGCGAAUCACUCGCCGACGACUGAAUCCGGAUGGAAGGACAAUGAGGACAGAGGACAAGAUCCUUAACAUUGUCAUCAAGAGAGGCUGGAAGGAAGGGACCAAGAUCACCUUCCCCAAAGAGGGUGAUGAGACACCUGAGAACAUUCCUGCUGAUAUUGCAUUUGUGCUCAAAGACAAAGGCCACCCACUCUUCAAAAGGGAUGGAUCCAACAUCAUUUACACAGCCAAGAUCGGUCUUAAGGAGGCGUUGUGUGGCUGUACAGUGAACAUUCCCACCAUUGACAACCGGGCAAUCACAUUGCCCUGCAACGAUAUCAUCAAACCAGGCACAAUCAAGAGACUGCGUGGAGAAGGCCUGCCUUUCCCAAAAAAUCCGUCUCAACGUGGGGAUUUGAUAGUGGAGUUCCAGGUGCGCUUCCCAGACAGAAUACCACCCCAGUCCAGAGAGAUCAUCAAACAACACCUACCACAGUCUUAGAGGAACGUCAGUGGAUACACUGUACGGUUACGUUUUUUCAAACACACGUUUUCCCCAAAAGUAGAGACGCUGAAUUCGAAGAGGGACAAAUAUGUCGUAAGGACCAGAGGCUCAUCUGAUAUUUUGUUACAGUUUUACUUAAUUUAUUAUCAUUUUCUCUGAAUAUGUGGAAUGCUGAUUUUUGAAGUAGUUUGUUAUGCUGAGGCCCAUGGCUUACAAGCAGGACUUUGUUUUUAGAAAUAUUUUUUUUGGUUAUUUCCCCUUAGCAGUUUUUAAUUCCUCUUAUCAACAUGUUAAGGGCAAACACAAGAAAGACAAAAUGACUGAUUUGUUGAAUGGAAAGUAAUUUUGGUGUAAUGAUGGAGAUGAGGGCAAUCCAACCACGGCUGGCUACUUAUUCUGGAUUUAAAUCUGUGAUAUUUUGUAGCAGAUUAAAUUCCCUUCCCUUGUAAUAAUUGAUAUUGUCAUUUUGAAAGAAGUGGUCUAUGUAGGACAACUAAAGUGUUGGAGACUUUUGGACUUUUAGGUUUUUUGAGCACCAGCAGAGCCAUUUGGAAACUAUUUGAUAUGUUUCCACUCCCUCACGCAUCUCAACAGUCUACAGGUGCUUUCUGGUAGUUCUUGAAGUAUUACCAAUUAUGGUAAAUCUUUGGUGGUCACAGAAAUUUUGAGUGCCUUAAUGUGGCUCAAACCAGCUUUUUUAUUUUCAUUAGUGUAGAUCUAAGGGUAUUAUUGAAACAAAUACUCUAAUUACAUUAUUUAGUCAUUUCUAUAGCCAAAAAUAAUGUAUGGCAGUAAGCAUGAUUAAAUGGAUAGUUUACCCAAAAAAAGGAUAUAAUUUGAUCACAUAGUCAUCUACGCGUUGCUCAUAACAUAUGAUGUUAUUGUUUCUGUGAAACACAAGGCGUUAGCUGGGAGAAUAUCUAUGUGGAUUUUUCCAGACAAUGAAAAGGAGAUGAUGACUUUGUCAAGCUUAAAAAGUUCACAAAUACUAUAUUCUCUUUCUCCCUAUUUUAAUUUAAAGGGAAUCCCAGGCGUCAAGACAUGUAUGGCUUAAGAUAACAAAAAUGAUGUAGUUGAAAACCCAUUUCACGAGUUCGCCAGCCCAUCCAGUCCUGGCGGGCAAUGGUAAACAGACUUGGCUUGCUGUCCUUAAAUGGAGGCUCGAACCCGAUGCUCGGCUUGAGCGCAGGGUUCAACCCCCCAUUGCGAUAUUACCUAGGGGGAAGAUAACAGAAACAGAGGAGGAGAAGGGGAGGUGGAGGGAUUCCGGAAGAACUGAAGCUGGGACGGUGCAAUGAGAGCUGCAUAUAUAGGCUCGUAAUGAUGAUUGACAGGACUGAAUGAUUAGGCUCGUUUGGAACUUCAUUAAAAUUUAUGUUAUUUAAAAAAUUCACAUCGUUUUAUACAUAUUUUGGACUAUGGGGGGCGUCAUUAUUUCGAUGGUGUGAAAUGGUUGUAGUCAGUGAGCUACUGGCGCUCCUCGUUGCUAUUUUUACAGCAACAAAACUCGUAACAUAAAAUACUGAUACGAUGCCAUGUUGUGCGGCUUUUGGUUGUACUUUUCAGUCGAAGGGCAACUAGAGAAGUGAUGUAAGUCUUUACUGCUUUCCUAGCAAUAAGAGGAGAAAACAAUGGGAAGAUGCCUAUGGACGAACAAAACAUCCUAAAGACCUGCGUCUGUGUUCUUUCCACUUUAGCCCUGAUGCCUUUGAGGCUUUUAGUAGACCACAGCUAUUGAAAGAGCUUACAAACGGCAGGGACAAGAAACGCUAGAUGCCAUUCUGGCAGAAUGUAAACAUGUUGACACUUGUAAUGACGUCGCAGUUACUGAAGGAGUUUCUCAGCGUUUAGACUCCAUGUGGGGAAAAAUCAAUGGUACGGCAUUUGGUUUAAGCCUAUACUUAUAUCCAUCGCCACGUGUAAGCUCUUUCAGUACCUGUGGUCAUCGUAUUAGUAUUUUAUAUUCUGAGUUGUGAAAUCCGUAUUGCGUUAUGGUCAAAUUAGCAACAGGUAGCACUAUUAGUGUAACCAUUUUACGUCAUUGAAAUGGCCCAAUAGUCCAAAAUAUAUAUAUAAAAAAAAAAAAAGAGAUUUAAAUAAUGUAAAUCUUCAUGGUUUUUAUACUACAUAUUUCAGUAAGAGACAUUAGUUAUGUUAUAUUAAGCCAUCCAAAUCAUACUACCCUGGGUUCAUUUAACAAGGUGAAAAGCAGAAAAAAAAAGGCAAAAACAACAAAAAACAUCACCAUAGGCAAUAUCUUGUAUAAUUAUUUGACAUCAUAUGGAUCAUACAAAACAAAAUCUCUGACCUAGGCUGUCUAGUUAAUAUGUACAAAACAUUUUCCGACUUUUACAUCUGACAGAUCGUCCUUGCUAACAGUUCUUAAUUAUUUUAUUAACUGAGAGAAGAAAAAUUUCAGUGAAUUUCUAAUAAAUUCUGGUCUGUUCCUGUGUCAGGUUGUUUUGUCAAAGUUUGACAGCUGUAGUCAAAAUUCACUUUCGCUGUAUGGAAAUGAACAGCCUAAAUAACACCUUUUGUGUAACAUGGAGAAAUAAUAUCAUUUGAGCAACAUGUAGGCAACAUAUUUUAACUAAUCACUGAGAAGGGAUAGCUAUUGGAAAAUGCCCAUUCAUCUAUUUUAAUAUGCACGCCACCCCGAAACACAAACAUCCUCUGAAGUACAGCAUGACAUUCUCAGUCUCAGAAAGUUAAAAUGUCCAUUUUUAAUCCUAUGAGGAAAAAAUGAAAGUGAAUAGAAAAAGUAUGUUACUUUAUGUUGAUAAAAAUGUUUGAAGAUUGCUCUGACGCUCACCUGUGUGAAACUGAGAACUGUGAUGUUACAAGUUGUUUCUUUUUUGAAAUAUAGGUCUUCAUUGUUCAGUAAGCACAGCUAUAGGUUUUUUUAUGAAGAUAUGAGGGAAUUGUUUUUUGAACAGCUUUUUACUACAAUGGUUUCAGUAUACUGUAUUUCACACUUUUAAAUGUGUGCAAUGUGAAAUCAUUUGCAAUAGUUCUCUGUAUUUUAGUUUAGAUUUAUAUAAAGUGCAAAACCUCCCUUUCAAUCGAUUUGUGAUGUACCAUAUUUCUACAGUAACAGCAGCCUUUGAGUAACAGUAUUUUCUAUAUAAACAACAAUUUUCAUAUUUCCAGGGAUCCUUCCAGGAUAUCUCUUAUACAGUCGUAACUAUGUCAUUUAAUCAUUACUGUAUUUGGUGAUAAAAUGAACGUACGGAGGAACAUAACCUAUUUAAGGACUGGUGUCAUGAUGUUUUAUUAUGUGCUGGUCUAUGUUUGAAAUGUUGUACCAUUGUACUCAAGAGACUUUUGGUCAUCCAGCCACUUCUGUUUUGAAUUUGAAUGUCAAAUUGAAAAAGUCUCAUGUUUAUUACUUAUGUCCUCAUGUACGAGACAGUAUUAAAUGCAGCUCCCUGUGCCCACUGGGAGGAUAAAUCAA